GUCCUGCCUAUAGGGCCGUUUGCGUCACGUGUGAGUCUCGCGCACCCGCGUCCACUCAUUUGGCACCAUUCGUACCGUGCGCGUUUCCAAGUGGGAUUGUUGUUUGGAAGCUGUAAAAGCAGUCAUCGCGAAAAAGAAAAAAACAGCCGUGUACGUGUGCGCGUGCAUAUGGAAUACCUUUCUUCGCGCUUUUGCUUCCCCCAACUCGUUUUUUCCGUCUAGCAUGACGCGUAAGUGAUGGUGCACAUUUUGGUUUCGUGACUUGUCAGCUGGAUCAGGUUGUGUUGGAUGGAUGUGGCACGAAUUGGAUAAUUGCAUUUUUCCUGUUUAAAAUGCACUCAACGGGAAUGACAUUCCCGUGACAAGUUUCCGUUUUUUUGCAAUUUUCUGAGCAAUGGAGUGAGGCGAGGGCGCACGGGAAGCUGGUUAAAAGGAGCUUUUAUAUCUUAUUUUACUUCACAUAGACUGAUGGGGACUUUAACUGCUAACAGAUGUCUGUACUGUAAUGUGCACUCCUUAUUUUCUGUUUAAUGCCAGUUUGGAUUUUACCUGUUGGAUAUCUGCAUGUCUAGGAUGGCUCGCUUUGGAGACGAUCUGCCCACCCGCUAUGGAGGUCCAGCGGGCGCCGGGAGAGGGGGAGCCCGGGCGGGAGGUCCCUCGGGCGGUCAAAGAAUGUACAAACAGUCGAUGGCUCAGAGAGCCAGGACAAUGGCUUUAUAUAAUCCUAAACAAACCAAACAGAACUGUUUCACUGUCAACCGCUCUUUGUUCAUCUUCAGCGAGGACAAUGUCAUCAGGAAAUAUGCCAAAAGAAUAACAGAAUGGCCUCCAUUUGAGUACCUGAUCCUCACCACCAUCAUCGCCAACUGCAUCGUCCUGGCCCUCGAACAGCAUCUCCCAGCCUUGGACAAGACCCCCAUGUCUGAACGCCUGGACGACACAGAGCCCUACUUUAUCGGAAUAUUCUGUUUCGAGGCCGGCAUUAAGAUCAUCGCCUUAGGCUUCGUGUUUCACAAAGACUCUUACCUUCGCAACGGCUGGAACAUAAUGGACUUUGUGGUCGUUGUGACUGGGAUUUUGACCACAGUGGGUUCACAGUUCGACUUGAGGACGUUGAGGGCCGUUAGAGUGCUGAGACCCCUCAAACUGGUGUCAGGAAUACCAAGUCUUCAAGUAGUAUUAAAGUCCAUCAUGAAGGCCAUGGUUCCCCUUCUUCAGAUCGGAUUGCUGCUCUUCUUUGCCAUCGUUAUGUUUGCCAUUAUUGGUGUCGAGUUUUACAUGGGCAAGUUCCACUUCACCUGCUUCAAAGUGGAUACAGGAGAAAAGGCUGUUGAUUAUCCAUGUGGAGCUGAGCCUCCCUCAAGAUCGUGUCCCGUUGGAACAAACUGUACGGAGUACUGGAAAGGACCCAAUUUUGGCAUCACAAAUUUUGAUAACAUCCUCUUCGCCAUCCUCACAGUCUUCCAGUGCAUCACCAUGGAAGGAUGGACUGAUGUACUAUACCAUACCAAUGAUGCCGCGGGAAACACCUGGAAUUGGCUGUACUUCAUCCCUCUCAUCAUCAUCGGCUCUUUUUUCAUGCUUAACCUCGUCCUGGGUGUCUUAUCAGGAGAGUUUGCCAAAGAGAGGGAGCGAGUGGAGAAGAGGCAGGAGUUCUUAAAGCUUCGCAGACAGCAGCAGAUUGAGAGGGAGCUCACCGGCUACUUGGAAUGGAUCUGCAAAGCAGAGGAGGUGCUGCUGGCGGAGGAAGACCAGAACGCUGAGGAGAAAUCCCCUCUGGAUGGUGCGUGGUACAGGCGGAAACAGAACAACCCAGUUCUAAAAAGAACAAAGUCCAGAAAGGGUAGAAAUGACCUCAUCAGUGCUGAAGAGGGAGACGAACAUUUCACAGACAUCUCCUCUGUCGCACCACCUGGAUCUCCUUUUGCCAGAGCUAGCCUGAAGAGCAGUAAGAACGACAGCUCCUCAUAUUUCCGUCGAAAGGAAAAAAGGAUUCGCUUUUUCAUCCGGCGGAUGGUGAAGGCACAGAGUUUCUACUGGAUCGUUUUGUGUUUGGUGGGAUUGAACACGAUGUGUGUGGCUAUUGUCCAUUAUGACCAGCCGGAGUGGCUCACCAAGGCCCUGUACCUGGCAGAGUUUGUAUUCCUGGGUCUGUUUCUGACAGAGAUGACUCUGAAGAUGUACGGCCUGGGGCCCAGAAACUACUUUCACUCCUCGUUCAACUGUUUUGACUUUGGGGUAAUUGUGGGGAGUAUAUUUGAGGUGAUCUGGGCAGCGAUUCAGCCUGGUGCGUCUUUUGGAAUCAGUGUUUUGAGAGCCCUGCGUCUGCUCCGUAUCUUCAAAGUAACCAAAUACUGGAACUCUUUGCGGAAUCUCGUGGUUUCUCUGUUAAACUCCAUGAAGUCCAUCAUCAGCUUGCUCUUCCUCCUCUUCCUCUUCAUCGUGGUGUUUGCUCUGCUUGGCAUGCAGCUCUUCGGGGGCCAGUUUAAUUUUGAAGAUGAAACACCCACUACAAAUUUUGACAGCUUCCCUGCAGCCAUAAUGACAGUCUUCCAGAUUUUGACAGGCGAGGAUUGGAACGCAGUGAUGUAUCAUGGCAUCGAGUCGCAGGGUGGCGUCCGGGGUGGGAUGUUCUCCUCGGUUUACUUCAUUGUUCUUACUCUCUUCGGAAACUACACACUUCUCAAUGUAUUCUUGGCCAUCGCUGUGGAUAACCUUGCCAAUGCGCAGGAGCUGACAAAGGAUGAAGAGCAGCAGGAGGAGGCAGCGAAGAAAAGUCUGGCUCUUCAGAAGGCCAUGGAGGUGAAAGAGGUCAGCCCCAUGUCUGCUGCCAACAUCUCCAUCGCAGCUUUUGUAAAGCAAAAUCGAGAUGCAAUCUCUCGCAGGUCUUCAGUCUGCAGCGUUCAUUCACCUAAAGAGCAGCAGAGGUCACUGCAGAAGUUGUCCAUAUGGGAGCAGCGCACUAACCAACUGCGCAGACACAACCUGCGUAGCAGCAGCGAGGCACUUUACAACGAAUUGGAGCCAGAAGAGCGUCUGCGUGUCUCCUCUGCCCUGCAUCUGCGGCCUGACAUGAAGACCCACCACGAUCGGCCGCUGGUUGUGGAGCACCGAGAUUCUGUGGACAAUCUCAGAUCUGACAAAGACGGAGACACUUCAGAGGGUCAGCCAGCAUCUAACCACCAGAGAAAAUAUCAUAAAUGUCGAGGGGAGAACGGAGACACCGGCGAGGGACGGCUUCACAGACACCACAGCCAAAAUCGAGAGAACCAGGGUGGCCUAGAGCGCAGCAACAGUCAAGAUGGAGGACAGAGGAACCACCACAGAUCUUCUGGAUCUCCAGAGGAGGGCAUUGGGAUUGAGGAGAGAGAACAUAGACAUCAUCAUUCUAGAAGACCCAGAGAAGUCAACGGGAACGGGAAUGGUGUGAUUGGUAAUGGAGGCAGGGGCGAGAGGAUACGAGGUCACAGAGAGGGUGAAGGAGGGAAUGGAGAGAGAAGGAGACACCGGCCACGGGUUAAAGCCCAGUCCACAUUGGAUGGAGACGAAUGUAGAGAGAAUGGUGGUAAACGCAGGAGCAGACCAACAGAAACAGACAGCCUCACAACCAGCCCUCUCCAGUCUCCUUCUGAAGAGAAGCCAGAAGACAAAGAUAAUCUAAAAAACAGCACUCGAGUGGGUCCAAGCGGAGUCAACAUCCCUGUCACCAUAACUGCGCCACCAGGAGAGACCACUGUCAUUCCAAUGAACAACAUUGAUGGUGACAGUCUGCUGCUGAAUGAGGAAAAGAAGGAUCUUGAUGAGCUAAAUCAGAAUGCGCCUAAACACAUUUUGCCAUACAGCUCCAUGUUUGUGUUUGGCCCAACCAACCCAGUGCGACGACUGUGUCAUUAUGUGGUGAAUCUGCGGUAUUUUGAGAUGUGCAUCCUCACAGUCAUCACCAUGAGCAGUAUCGCUCUCGCUGCCGAAGACCCCGUGCAGGCUCAUGCCCCUCGCAAUGAUGUGCUGAAAUACCUUGAUUACGUCUUCACUGGUGUGUUCACAUUUGAGAUGGUUAUAAAGAUGAUUGAUCUUGGACUGCUGCUGCAUCCCGGCUCUUACUUCAGGGACCUGUGGAACAUCCUGGACUUCAUCGUAGUGAGCGGCGCUCUGGUGGCUUUCGCCUGCUCGAGCUUCAUGGGAUCGCAGCAAAGCGUGACCAGAGGAACUAAAGGAAAGGACAUAAACACCAUCAAGUCCCUGAGGGUUCUUCGAGUCUUGAGACCCUUGAAGACAAUCAAAAGAUUGCCCAAACUCAAGGCCGUGUUUGACUGCGUGGUGAACUCUCUGAAGAAUGUGCUCAACAUCCUCAUCGUCUACAUCCUCUUCAUGUUCAUCUUCGCGGUCAUCGCCGUGCAGCUUUUCAAGGGGAAGUUUUUCCACUGCACCGAUGAGUCCAAAGCCCUGGAGAAGGACUGCAGGGGUCAGUUCUUGGAGUACGGCAGUGAUGGAGUGGCCAUGACGCAGCCGCGCGAGUGGAAGAAGUACGACUUCCAUUAUGACAACGUCCUGUGGGCCUUUCUGACCCUCUUCACUGUGUCUACAGGAGAGGGCUGGCCACUUGUGCUGAAACACUCUGUUGAUGCCACGUAUGAAGACCAGGGUCCCAGUCCAGGAUAUCGCAUGGAAACCUCCAUCUUCUAUGUGGUCUACUUCAUCGUCUUUCCCUUCUUCUUUGUCAACAUCUUUGUGGCUUUGAUCAUCAUCACAUUCCAGGAGCAGGGGGAUAAAGCCAUGUCCGAGUGCAGCUUGGAAAAGAACGAGCGAGCUUGUAUUGACUUUGCCAUCAAUGCUAAACCUCUGACUCGCUACAUGCCGCAAGACAAGAACUCUUACCAGUACAAGAUGUGGAAGUUUGUGGUGUCGACUCCGUUUGAGUACUCCAUCCUGACCAUGAUCGCCAUCAAUACAGUGGUGCUCAUGAUGAAGUUCCAUGGUGCUCCUAAACCUUAUGAGGACAUGUUGAAGUGGCUGAACAUCAUCUUCACUGCACUCUUCACACUGGAGUGUGUUCUCAAGGUCAUCGCCUUCGGUCCUCUGAACUACCUGAAAGAGGCUUGGAACAUUUUUGACUUUGUUACUGUUCUGGGAAGCAUCACAGACAUCCUGGUUACUGAGAUCAAGACGGAUAAGAGGAUUAAUCUGAGUUUCCUGAGACUCUUCCGGGCGGCUCGUCUCAUUAAACUCCUUCGGCAAGGAUACACCAUUCGGAUCCUUCUCUGGACCUUUGUUCAGUCCUUUAAGGCUCUUCCAUAUGUGUGUCUCCUUAUCGCAAUGCUUUUUUUCAUUUACGCCAUCAUCGGGAUGCAGGUGUUUGGUAACAUCGCGUUGAACAAUGAAGAUUCGGCCAUCAACAUUCACAAUAACUUCCGCACCUUUUUUCAGGCCCUCAUGUUGUUGUUCAGAAGUGCUACAGGGGAGGCUUGGCACGAGAUCAUGUUGGCUUGUCUGAGUGAAAGAUAUUGCGAUAUAGAAUCUGGCUACAGUGGGAAAGAGUGCGGCAGCGAUUUUGCAUACUUCUACUUCGUCUCCUUCAUCUUUCUUUGCUCGUUUCUGAUGCUGAAUCUGUUUGUGGCUGUCAUCAUGGAUAAUUUUGAAUAUCUGACACGAGAUGCUUCUAUUCUGGGGCCUCAUCACCUAGAUGAGUUCAUCCGCGUCUGGGCUGAGUACGACCCUGCCGCCUGUGGACGCAUGUCCUACCUCGAUAUGUACGAGAUGCUCCGCCACAUGUCCCCUCCGCUAGGUUUGGGAAAGAAAUGUCCUCCACGAAUCGCCUACAAGCGAUUGGUGAGGAUGAACAUGCCCAUAGCCGAGGACAACACGGUUCACUUUACCUCCACUUUAAUGGCUCUCAUCCGGACUGCCCUGGAGAUCAAACUGGCAUCAGGAGUUCUGGCUCAGCGCAUUUGUGAUGCUGAAUUAAGGAAGGAAAUCAAUAAAAUUUGGCCCAGUUUGUCAUCUAAAACAGUAGACCUGCUGGUUACACCUCAUAAACAUAACGAAUUGACUGUCGGGAAGGUCUAUGCAGCGCUCAUGAUUUUUGACUACUAUAAGCAGAACAGAGCCAAAAGACUCCAACAGCAGCAAGCUGCACCAGGCACACAGAGUAAAGUCGGUGUUCUCUUCAGGCCGAUGCUUCCUCUCACACACCUGCAUGACCAGGAGCCUUUAGUGCCAAAAGGCCCGCCUCCUUCUCAUUUAGAUAUCACCCCUCAGUCAGAUGCCACACCCACUUCUUUUCACUUGACCAAUGGGGAUGCAGUUCAAAGCCAGAGCAGUGCCAUGAAAAAGUCUCCUUCGGGAGGCCCAUCUCAGGAAGUCACACAGGAAACGAACAGAAGGCCUAUCCAACGUGGUCAAUCGGAAGACGUGCCAAACACUUACAGAUCUCAGGAACUAGUAGAGAUGACUGACAUGGAGAAUGAUUCGGAUGUUGGCGGGUAUCAUGUGCUGGAGGGUCAUGGCAGAGCUGCCUCUAUGCCCAGACUGAAUGCUGGCUUCCAGCGGAGCCACUUACGCCACACCGCCGGAGCGUAUCUAGCACCAAUUGCAGAUGUGAGUCCCAUGCGGCGAUCCACAUCCUCGCUGACUCCACAAAGAGGUGCGCGAGAGGUCAACCUGAGCGAAUACGACCUGGAGAGACCCAGGAUGAGCCCGAGCCAGACUUUCGCUCAGGACAGAGAGAGAGAGAGAGUCCACCAUCAUCAUCACCACCAUCAUCAUCGCUGUCAGAGACGCAGAGACAAGAAGCACAAGUCACUGGAUCGAGCCAUCAGCGAGGAGCAGCCGCCACCUGCAGCUGAUCCAAACACAGAGUCGACGCCCAGGGAACGAGCCCGGGAGCGAGACCGUGGCCGCUCACACGAGAGGAAGCACCACUCAUCCUCAGCAGCAGAAAGGAAGCAGCGAUACUACUCUUGUGACCGCUACGGCAGCCAUGAACAUGGCCACAGCCUGUCCGCCGGGCCUAGCCGAUCCACCUCUCCUGGAGAACCACAUGACAGGCUUAAACAGGGAAUUAACGCAGCUAAAGGAAGCUCAGUGGGUCAUACCUCAGGCACCAGCACACCCUGCCGCGGGCGUAGACAGCUUCCCCAGACACCUCUUACCCCUCGGCCUGCUGUUGCCUAUAAGACUGCCAACUCUUCUCCGGUCCAGCUCAACACUGCCCAAUCUACAGGGCCCUGCCCCGCUCGCCUUAGUCGUGGCCUGUCAGAGCACGAUACCUUACUCAGCGGUAGCAUCCACCGCCAAUCCCCUGUGCCUGUCACUCGUAUUGGCUCUGACCCCAGCUUAGGUCCCCUCCAGCAAGACUCGCACUUGUCUGAAGCGGAAGACUUUCACGAUGCCUUGAGCACGUACGGCACCGGUCGCUCCCCUAGAACUACCGCCAUCAUCGCCCACACGUCAUCUGGUGCGACCGCCACUUCUACGCUGCUGUCCCGAAGCCAGAGCGGAGUCCCCAACGGGUACCACUACUCCCUCGGAGUGAACGCGGCUCCGGGAUUGAGUGGGAGAGCGUCUGGAAGCUACCAGGAGACUGAGAGAGAUGACUGGUGUUAACAUGAUUCAAUCUAGAAUGAGUUUUAUCGUCUUUGCCCCAAGAGCAGGAGGGAAACAAGAGUUACGUCCACAGUUUACACUAUUUUCCGCCCGUUUACCAUCAUGAUCGAGCGUAUGUGGUUUUGAAAGGUGUUCUUCUCUUGUUUUGAAUGAAGCAGGUGUCUGUCACCGCUUACAAAGGUAGCGGCAAUAUUGAGGUCUUGAUAGGUUUCAGGAUGAAUAGUUUAGCCUCAAGUGAUGCACCACACUGCUUUCAUUUCAUUAGGGCUGAUUCUAGAAGGGUCACAUAUGGGUGAGUUGAUCACAUGAGAUCAAGACCUCAGACCUCAGAGAGGAAGACGGCCAAAAAUGCAAACUAUGAUGGAAACAGUUGCAGGGGAUAAAGGGACAAGGUUAGUUGUUAGUGUUCGAAAGGCUGUUUAGACUUUUUUGCACAGGAGGCUUUGAUUGAGAAUUCUAGGGAUGUAGGCCAUGUGUCCACCAAAGCAUUUCUUGCUAAAGUCUAAUUUACAUGUUAGAUUUGGCUCUCGUUUGUUUAUAUGCAGCUUGGGAUUCUGAAGCCAGCCACUAGAGGGCGAUCAAACUAUUUUGGCUUCACUUUUCAAGAUGGGUGAGGCAUCCGUGGUCUGUUCCAUUCUGAGUGUCGCGUGCUUGCCAUUUUUAAUGGCCAUCGAGUGUUGACAAAUGUUCAACUUUGCGUAAAAUGUAGCACUUUUACUCAGUCAUCCAAUCACAGAGGAGGAGGGUUAGGACAAAACCCACACUAAUCAACUGUAAUGUUUCUAUUGUAUUACUGAACAACGGUGGUCACAAGAGUCUCCGUAUUUGUACCACAUGAAAUCCCCCAGAUUACCAUAAUAAUAUUAUGAACAAUAAUGCUCAGAGACCAGCUAAGCAGCUAAGUGGUGGUCUGGUCAGCUUGCUAAAAUGCUAAAAAAUACUUUGGUGGGCACACAGCCUUAAGGUUUGCACACUGCUGUAACUCUAGAUCAUUCUGAAAUAGUCAGUCUACUCCCAUCUACCUAAAAAAAAGGCCAAAUUGAACUCCCUUGUCUAUCAGACUGCAUUAGAUCGAAUAUCUUUUCACAGUGUUCCAUUUUGUACCUUGUAUAUGAGUGUAGCUGGACAUUACAUAAGGUCUAAUCCUUUUCUUACUCUCAAGAGGUAAGAUACCAAGUGCCUAAAUUUUAUUGCCACAUUGGUGCACGAUGCAUUACAAAGCAUUUUGACCUAUUGAGGCAAUAAACUGAUGCUGUUCGCUGUAGGGUAAAUGUCACUAAUAUUUGUUUCCUAAAUGUAUUUAGGCAUGUAUUUGAAGAAGGAGGUUGCACAAAACAAAGAGUGUAGCAUUGUAAGGAUAGAUUAAGUGGAUGUUAACGAUGUUGGUCUUUUCAGCGUGUUUUACUGAAACAAUUCAGGGGAAAAUUGAUGAUAUAUUUAAAAAUAUGGGAAUUGCGAUUGAUUUCUAGAGGACUGAAAGGAUGUUAGAAUGUUGUGUUUGUUGGUUGCUAUUGGUGUCAGUGUUGUUUCCA